AUGUUCUCAUUAACCCGUGUCGGAUUACACAGUAAGGCCUUGUUGAGGCCAUCCCUCGCCCGUGCCAUAACCAUCCCUGGCCUCCCACAAGUUCCUCAACCACCAGGAAACAUCAUUGGUACCGUCAACGAUGCCUACGUUCCUCCACCUCCACACAAGUUGGAAGGAUCCAUACAUUGGACUUCGGAAAGAAUCGUCUCUGUUGGUUUGGUUCCUUUGACCUUGGCUCCUUUCCUCACUGGCGCUUCCACCAUCGUUGACUCCACCUUGUCUGCCCUUUUGUUAUACCACUGUUACGCUGGUUUCCAAUCUUGUAUCACCGAUUACAUUCCAAGCAGAACCUACGGCAAGUACCACAACUAUGCCAACUACUUGUUGCUUUUCGGAACUGGUGUCGCUGGUUACGGUAUCUACGACAUUGAAACUAGAGAAGGUGGUCUUGGCAAGGUUGUUUCCAAGGUCUGGAAGGCAUAG